AUGGCUGUGACGCAGACUCACACAGCUGGAGCAGCAGCACAGAGGGUCAGCUCUACAGGUACAGCUCUACAGGUACAGCUCUACAGGGUCAGCUCUACAGGUACAGCUCUACAGGGUCAGCUCUACAGGGUCAGCUCUACAGGGUCAGCUCUACAGGUACAGCUCUACAGGGUCAGCUCUACAGGGUCAGCUCUACAGCCGGAGCAGCAGCACACAGGGUCAGCUCUACAGGGUCAGCUCUACAGGUACAGCUCUACAGGGUCAGCUCUACAGGUACAGCUCUACAGGUACAGCUCUACAGGUACAGCUCUACAGGUACAGCUCUACAGGGUCAGCUCUACAGCCGGAGCAGCAGCACACAGGGUCAGUUCUACAGGGUCAGCUCUACAGGGUCAGCUCUACAGGGUCAGCUCUACAGGUACAGCUCUACAGGGUCAGCUCUACAGGGUCAGCUCUACAGGGUCAGCUCUACAGGGUCAGCUCUACAGCCGGAGCAGAGGAGAAGAAUUAGAGCAACAACAGGUUGAGGUGCAGCUCACAGAAGCCAGCGUCAUGCAUCGGUUCCUUAAAGCCAUGAGUUUGAAAGAUCAACUGCAGAGACAUGCCCCAAGCCCAGAUCCUGAAUUUGAUCAUCCAUGGCGGGAAGUGACAUGGGGUGAGAAUAAGAAGAAUGAGAUGUUGAGGAAACUGAAGGAUUUCCAGCCAGGCACUGCAGAAGUCCGUGAGCUGAAGAUUCUGCUUCACGGCCCAAUCGGAGCAGGAAAGUCGAGUUUAAUCAACUCCAUCAACACCGUCCUCCAAGGAUACAACACCGCCGGUGCACUGGCAGCUUCAUCAGCUGGUAAAAGCUUCACCAUAGAGUUUAAAUAUCACAGGCUGAAGAAAGAUGGAUCUGGAUCUUUCUAUCCGUUUGCCUUUGCUGACAUCAUGGGUCUGGAACCAGAGGAUUUAAAUGGAGUGCAGACUGAAGAUAUAGUCAAAAUAUUACAGGGUCAUGUGAAAGGUGGCUACACUUUCAAUCCUUUUAAACCAAUUGAUAAAGGCGACCCGAAGUACAUCAGCAACCCCAGGCUGAAAGACAAAGUGCACUGUCUGGUGAGUGUUCUACCAGGGGACAAAAUCUCCAUCAUUACUGAUGAAGUCAUCCAGAAAAUGAGAGCUGUUCGGGAAAAAGCUCGUGGCUUAGGGAUUCCUCAAGUCAUCAUCAUGUCGGUGGUUGACAGAGUCUGUCCUCUGGUUAAGGAGAACCUGCGUAAGAUCUACACCAGCAGAAAAAUUAAAGAGAAGAUGGAGGAGUGCAGUCAUAAACUGGGAAUCCCGAUGAACUGCAUCUUUCCUGUGCUGAACUACCAUGAGCAGGUUACCAACGACACGGACAUGGAUCUUCUGAUUCUCAUGGUGAUGACUGACAUCAUUAGAUUCGCCAAUGACUAUGUUGAAGACCAGGUUUACAAUGUCAAUGACUAUGUUGAAAACCAGGUUUACAAUGAAUAAUUUCCCCCAUGAGUGUUGAUCAAUCUCCAACAGAAAAGCAACGUAGAACUUGAUAGUUUCAGGAAUUCACAAUAGAGACAGGAAUGUGAUAGAAACUAUUAAAAUAGCACAUUUAAUCUUUUCACUUUAUUAGAUGAGAUGAAUGUAGAGUAUAUUUAUCUGUGAUGUGAUAGGUGUGGGAAAAUUGCCACUCAUCCUUUUUGUUAUUCUCUUUACUACAUGUAUUUUUGGUUUAAUAAAGAUCACUGGAGUAAGUUUUACUAUAAUCAUUAUGGGCUUUUGUAGUAGGACCCUAUGUGUGUGCAUAUACAUUGACAUGGGACGUAAUUAUGGACAUUUGAUGGAGCUUCAGGGCUCACAUUACACUUCACCAGUACUUUUCUUUGUGCACUUUUCAAAAUGCAACAGAAACACAAACCAAAAUGCCAUCAAUACUUCACAGCUUUCACCCAAUGACUGUAUAUAUGGAGUGGGUUGUAACAAAGUGAAGCUAAAAUAUCUCAGGCCCUCUAGCGGCUGCUGCAGUACAAUUUUUAAACCCUGCCUAUUACCAUGUUAGUCAAUAGGACACGUAGCAAUUUUUAAGUUACAUUUUAAGUUACAGCUCCACAAAUUAUUUUCAGGAAUAAUGUUCUAUCUUUUUUACAAGCUUUUUGACCAUGAUAUCUCCCUAAUAUUUUUCCUUAUGAUAAAUAGUUUCAUCAGAGUCAUUUGGAGAUAAAUAAAAGGGUGUGGUUAAUGAGGAGACAGGUUUGGACAUAACAGUCAAGCCUCGUGAAUAUGCACACGUUUUCCAACACGGAUCUGAAGCUCUUGACACUUCCCUAACAAAGCCAUGUCCUGUUCUGCUGUAAACUGUUCUAACAGACCCUCAGUGGGGAGUUCUUAGCAGGUUUUCCGUGUAUGUUGCUCAUUUUGAUAUCUCAGUUGUAGCUUGUUGUACUGAUAUUAUAACUAGCAAACCAACAUGAGUGAACAAAGUGAUGGCAUAAACCAAGGCACCGAACAAUAGCUAAAUUUCAUAAGAAUUUAUGAUUGACUGUAAGACCUAGCGAACACUCAAGGUAGCUUGCUAAGGAUAACUAGUCAUUCCUUUUAAAUUGAUUCCACCCUCAGAAGGACAGGAGCACAAGAGUUCAAUUCAGAUAGGUAACAGAUAGAAGACCUUUCUGUUACAUAGAGUGUUUUUGGUGAACUGGGAUAUUUGGAUGCUGUCACCCCCUCAUGUCUGCGUGACCUUCUGGCUCUCUUUUAGUUAUGCUGUCAUAGCUAGUCAAUGUGCAUCCUCUUAAACCAUUACAGGACAAGAGCAUACCUACUGCAGUGUAAUAACACACAACUGAAAACCAUCACAUGUUACCCGCUAGGACGACCUGCCUCCACUCUCCAUCCGCAGCUGAUUACUGCCACAGUUUCAUAUAUAUAUAUUAAAUGUUAACAUUUUUAAUUUCAGUGUAAAAAAUGAUACUGUACAUUUACUGCAUUCUGAUCAGUACACUAAGAAAAGUAAAUGCAACAACAAAUACAGAAUGGUUUUGAACGUUUUUCUUUGACUCUUUAUAGCUAUUAGGGGUGGAAAAAAACGGACUGAUU